AUGAAACCUCAGGGUGUUACGGAAGAACAAAUCAAGCUACGUGCUUUUCCUUUUUCCUUAGCAGACAAGGAGGACUGGUUGUUUUACAUGCUAUCAGGGUCUAUUACUACUUGGGAAGGACUGAAAUGGCAGUUCCUUGAGAAGUUUUUCCCAACCUCCAAGACCGCCAACAUCAGAAAGGAAAUAUGUGGAGUUAGGCAGGCCAAUGGAGAAAUUCUCUAUGAAUACUGGGAGCGAUUCAAACAGCUGUGUGCCAGCUGCCCGCACCAUCAGAUCCCUGACCAACUAUUGAUCAAGUAUUUUUACAAGGGACUGUUACCCAUGGAUAGAAACAUGGUCGAUGCAGCGAGUGGCGGUAUUUUAGUAAAUAAGACAACAGAUGAAGCCAAACGGCUGAUUUUGAACAUAGCUGAGAACUCCCAAAAGUUUGGAGUCAGAUCUGAGGGAGUGACUAGAAGGGUUAAUGAGGCAGCUAAAGCAUAUGGAAUAUGUGCUGCUCCUGAGCACGUGACCGAUAUGUACCCGACCUUUCAAGAAGACCCUUACGAGCAAGCCAGCGCCAUAGGAGGUCUGCCUGGACCACCCCAAAGGAGAAAUGACUCGUAUGCAUCCACAUAUAACCCAGGGUGGGGGAACCACCCCAAUUUCAGCUAUGCUCCAAAACUCUCGGGUUUUCAACAACCAUUCCAGCAGAGACCACCAGUUCAGCAACCAUCCGCGUCUGAUUCAGGGAUGACCUUUGAAGAUAUGGUAAUUCCCAAUCCAAAGAAGAAUGCCAGUGCAAUGCUUCUACAAAGUGGCAAGGAGGUGCAAUCCCCAAAAUCGGAAGCAGUAGGAGUGGAAGACGAACAAGUGUAUGGGGAGCUUGAGAAGGAAAAAGUAAGCACCCCACUAGAUGUUCCUAAAAUUGUUGAAAUUAACCCAUCUUUUCCUGACAAGUUGGCUAAAGCCAAGAAAGAGGAGUCAGAGAAGGAGAUUUUGGACACCUUUCGAAAAGUGAAAAUCAACAUUCCUUUGCUUGAAGCGAUUCGGCAAUUACCAAAAUAUAUAAAGUUUCUGAAGGGGUUGUGUACUAACCGGCACAAGUUGAAUGUUCAAGACAAAAUAAAGGUCGAUGAAAAUGUAUCAGCAGUUCUUCAAAGGAAGUUACCGCAAAAAUGCAAGGAUCCAGGUAUGUUCACGGUAGCAUGCAUCAUAAGGCAGAAGAGAAUAGAAAGACGUAUGCUUGACCUAGGGGCAUCUAUUAAUAUUAUGCCUUUGACAAUAUUCAGGGCCUUAAACUUAGGACCUCUAAAAGACACAAGGGUAAUAAUUCAACUAGCAGAUAGGUCAAAUGUUUACCCUGAGGGUGUUGUUGAAGACGUCCUGGUGAAAAUUAAUGAGUUUAUCUUUCCUGCGGAUUUCUAUAUUGUUGACAUGAAUGAUGAUAACUCUGCUAAUUCAGCUGUACUUCUUCUGGGUAGAUCAUUCAUAAGUACUGCCAGAACAAAAAUAGAUGUGCAUGAAGUAACCCUAUCAGUAGAAUUUGACGGGAAGACAGUUACUUUUAACAUUUUUUAUGCAAUGAAAUACCCGGAUAAUACUGAAUCAGUUAAUUAUAGCAAGAUGAAUACGAAAGUGGAAAGCGUGGAUGAGGAGGAGACUAGCGAAGUAAUUAUGUCGCUACAUUCACUUCCGGAACCUCCUGACAAGUUAGUCGACUCAUAUUUACCAUUGCCUACUUCUAAUGAGAGAAUUCUGCCCUCUAUUGGACAGGCACUGGAGUUGGAAUUGAAAGAAUUGCCAAAGCAUUUAAAGUAUGCUUACCUAGGAGAUCAUGACACUAUCGGUCAUCAUUGCAAGUGA